GGUGAAUUCGUUUUAAAGAAUUUGGUAUCGCUGUCAGGCGCACACAGUUUCCUACAAUACACUAAAAUGCCGACGCAAGCUCGGUGGUUAAACCUCAAGUUAAAAACAAACGAACCCGAGGGCCUGAUAUUUAUGUACUUCAGCCAAUCGCAAACGCCGACAACACUUUCAAUGAUCAAUGGCAAACUGGUGGUUAUGAGCCUACGAGACUCAGUGGUAACCGUUGACACGGUGUACGACGACUCGGAAUGGCACGACGUCACAGUCAACUUGGCAGCCGAACUUGGGUUGAGAGUCAAGACUCGUUCUGACAUUAAUCAGGGGAUACCAAGCGGAGUCCUUUUCCUAGGUGGUAUAAACUUUAACGCGGUUACCAACAUGACCUACAAGGCCUCUACCAUCACUCCCUUCCGAGGUUGCAUAGCCAAGGUAACCGUUGACGGAGCCUUUCCGGACUGGUUAGGACCUGUUAUAUUUCGAGGAGCGACCUUCCACAAAUGUGAGAUGACAACACCAGUCUCAACCACACCGCCGACUCUUCCACCGACAACCACAACGCUUCAGCCGACGACGCUCCGACCGAUUCGGGGAUGUACGCUGGCUUGGCUUAAUGAAGGGUUUAGGUUCGGCACCCGCGAGGACAGCCGAAUCGAGUACGCCCAGCUGCCCCACGGGCCGGCACUGGAUCUGACGGUGACACUGUGCACCUCCGACAAGCAUGGCGGGCUGAUCUUCUACGCCAAGCAACCUCCUGAGCAGUUCUUAGCUCUCUAUAUGAAGGAUGGUCAAAUCCACUUCACUUUCAACUGUGUCGGUGACAAUGCCACCAUCAUAUCCCAGGACACCUACAUCGACUCAGAGUGGCAUUCGGUCACCGCCAGCCGCAGCAACGACGGCUACGGGAGACUGACAGUAGACAACCAGGUGGUUGGUGAGACGAACACCACCUGCAAAUUCCCAUUGCCGUUGGCUGCUCCGUACUACUACGGAGGCCUGAGGAACAAUGACAGCGCGAAGACGCAUUUUGGGGACUUCUACCAGCCGUUCAAGGGAUGUAUGAAGGGUCUCAUUAUGAACGGAUUUAAGGCCGAGAUACAAAAAGUGUACGCUCUCCAAUACAGUGACAAUGUAGAAGACGGUGUGUACUUCGGACCCUCGACCAAGACCACUAGCAACUACUUGAUGCUCUCUGAAUCCGGCUUUCACGUCGGAAUCAACAUCACCAUCUCCAUGGACAUCAAGCCUCGAAACGCGACGGGCUUGCUUUUCUCUGUCCACGGCAUGAAAGACUUCCUGACACUGGAACUGAUGGAAGGCGAAGUCAUAGUUCGCGUAGAGAACGGGCUCGGAGAGUUCCAUGCGAGCUACGACCUAUUGCGAGCUAGAAACACUUCGCUGUGCAAUGGGAACUGGCAUACGAUCCAGGUUCUCAAAUUCGGUAACACAGUAUCCGUCGGCGUAGACAACCACUUUAGCGACACCGUAGUGAGAGAAACUAGCGAAUACUACGAGGAAACAAGCGACUUCGAAAUUCACGAUGACAGCGGUCUCUCCACAGACACUCGGUCUGCCAUCUUCAUCGGCGGGCACACGAGGGCUGUCUCCCGCUUGCGUGGCAUACGCUGCAAGUAUGGCUACACCGGAUGUAUUCGGAAUAUAAAGAUUAGAGAUCAGCCAGUAAAGAUUCCGUUGACGGCUGCGCAUGAAAAUGUGCAUAUUGGGGCUUGCCCGGUAGAUUAGUUUUUUGAUAUGACAAAACGAAAAAUGAAAUAUAUGUAAGCAAAAUAUACGUAGAUAACAAGAUGGUUAUUAUUGUAUGUAUUCCUACAUUAGUUUGUACGGUAUAUAUUUAUCGGCCUUGGUUGCCUGAAAAUUAAUUAUUUCACGCAACACCUUUUAA